GUGCCUACUUUUGGAGAGGAAAGUCACGCGACCACUGUCUGACUCUGAAAGUAAACUAACCAGUUAGUCGUUUGAAGAGGAGAGCCAGUAGACUCGUCAGAUGACCUCGGUUUGUAGGACGAUACGCGCGUGUGUGGACAGUGUAAUUCAUAUCUCUGCGUGACUGACGUGUGUGUGAGUGCGCGCGCUCGUUUAUACGCGCAGACCGAUGGCGUCGCCGCCGCCGCGCGCUCUUUUCGUCGCUCUCCGAUCACCUUUCACGAUCUCACUCUUUAUGGACGGAAGUGAUCGCUUAUGAUUGCAGGACAUUUUCGGAUUUGGGUCUCUUUUUAGUCCAAGUGCUGUCGGGAACUGUUCUCCUGUUUAAACCGCGACAGAUAACAAGUUUGUGGGAUACAGGUGCGAUUUUACUGUAACUCCAGCGGAUGAUCACGAGCACAGAUCCGGACUGUCGGAUUAAAGUAGAUCACAUCAGAUCUAGAGCAAGAUGAAGUCUGCUGGAGCUGGUGAUGAAGUACUCUUCACUGAGAGCUACUGUAACAUCUGCAACGCUCAGCUGAUAUCCGAAUCCCAACGUGUGGCACACUAUGAGAGCAAGAAACAUGCCAACAAAGUGCGUCUGUUCUACAUGCUUCACCCAGAAGAUGGAGGUCCACCAUCCAAAAGACUAAGACCAGACAAUCCGGACAGUGCGGAGAAUGAGGUCGACAGAAACAAAUGCUGUACGCUCUGUAACAUGUUCUUCACAUCUGCCAUUGUGGCUCAGUCGCACUAUCAGGGCAAGACACACGCCAAGAGAGUUCGCUUGGUGCUGGGGGAGUCGCCAAGUUUACCAACACCCACAGAUUCAGCCCCUCCCACCCCUCAGGCCACAGACCCGCCCCCUCCCUCGUGGCCUCCGCUGGCCAAUCACGGUGAAGCAGGGAAGUACUGUUGUUUGUGUGGCGCCUGGUUCAACAACCCGCUGAUGGCGCAGCAACACUAUGAAGGAAAGAAGCACAAGAGAAAUGCGGCCAGGACACGGUUACUGGAGCAGCUGGCUGGCAGCCUGGAUGGCAAUGAAAGCACAGGUCUGCGUCGGAGUUACUCGUGCAGCGUUUGUAAAGUGAUCCUCAACUCCAUCGAGCAGUAUCACGCACAUCUCCAGGGUUCAAAACACCAAAACAAUUUGAAACAACAUCAACAAUGAAGAACAAGAAACACUUCAGCUGAAACCGAGACCAUUGUAAGAGUUUAAAGAGGAGAUUGCAGGACCAUCCAUCUACGAUAUCUGAGGUUCCCCAGCUCUCAAGUGUUUCAUAUUUUUAUUCACUUUCAACCACUGAAACAUUGAUCAAUUUUGGGAGCAUCUUUCCCCAAACUCUGAUCAAAAGGACCCUUGCGUUGAUUUCUGAAAAAAUGACAAAUUUCGUCGAUCUCCAUCACGUCACAUUAGUACACCGGCCUGAAUCUACAUGGGAUGUUCCAACUACUUUUACGUUUGCCUUUCAGACUCUCGUAUGCAGUGGCCUGUCGUCGAACCGGUCAUCGCUGCUUUGGUUAUUCACUUUGGCAUGCCGAUGACAGGACUUUGUCCUGUGUGUGUGAAUUCUGCCAGUAAGGACUCAAUACAGCUGCCUUUGUGUGACUUUUGUUUUUUGACACAUUUUCUGGAUGGUUUUUAUCCAGACUCAACUCUAUUCCUGUUUAUUCACACAUCCAUCAGUGUCAUUUCGACUGAACAUUUCUGCAGUCUGAUGCUGCUUAAUCGUUGAUGUCAAAUGGAUUAUACAGUACUUCAUUUAAAGAAGUACAGAUGCAAUGCGUUGGCAUUUUUUGCCACGACUCAUUCGUUGAUAAUUCACAAUGUGUGAUUCAGGCACUGAGCUUAAUCCUAAUCUAUGCCAAAAUGACUGCCUGUAACACUGGGGCUCAGUGCCCGCUGUUUUGAAGUACGAAUGCCUUUUGUGUUUGCUUUCUUUUAAAUUGGCAUAGAAAUGAAAAAUGCAGCAUUUCUGGUGUAUAUGUUGUGAUAUUAGAUUAUAUUAUAGCUAUUAAACCGAUAAAGACCUGGGGCCUCAUUUAUAAAAAUGUACCAUAAUGUCCUAAUUGUUUUUAAAUCAUCUUACAGAAUGGCCACAAGAUCCUUGAAUGGUGGGACAAUAUUACAGAUUUUUGCAUGUCAGCAUUUUUAUUAGUUCGUAGGAUAGCACAGCAAGAAGGUCCCCGGUUUGAGUCUCGGCUGGGUCGGGACAUCUUUUGUGAAGUUUGCAUGUUUUCCCUGUGUCGGCGUAGGUUUAGUCCGGGUACUCCGGUGUCCUCCCACAAUCAAAAUACAUGCUAGUUAGGUAAAUUGGAGAUGCCAAACUUGUGUAUAGAUUAACUUGUGUGUAGAUUAAUCGGUUCUCGUCAUGAAUAUAGCCAUAGAUGCUGCAAUGGCAUUAAUAGAUAAAUACAUUUAUUGUGACAGUGUGCUGGUAUGAGAAAAGUGCAUAUGCAUGCUUUUAAAUUCAGACUUUAUGUGGAUGCAUAAAUGUUUUGCAAACGUUUUACAAACGUUUUGCACUUUGAUCAUAAAAUUCAUGAUGUUUAUGAUCAAAUGUAAUUGUACUCAUUUAUCAAGACAUGCAGUAAAUCUUCCAAACAAAUCUCGCAAGUGAUACUUUUUUUUUAAAGUCUUCCGAAGCCAUAAGAUAGAUAGAUGAAGGGACAAAAUUUAAAUCAUUUAAAACUUCCAAAAAAUAUAAAAAAAAUCUUCCCCUCCGUCUUAAAAUUUAUAUCUGAUUGGAUUGUACAUUUUAUAAGUGAGGCCCUGUUCUGAAGUUAUGUCAAAAUAGUGACAUUUAUGCAAAACAGAGUAUCAUGGUAGCGACUGAGCCAGGUCUUUUAUCAUGGCAAGGUUGAAUAAUGCACAAAACCUUAAUUUUUUGUAAAUAAUGGAAUAACGUUGUUAGUAAAGCGCUCGUCCAGGAUUAUUAUUGUGGAGUAUUUACUUGAAGAUUCUUGUGUGCUGCUUUUUGAACAAUAAGUGAUUGAUUUGGCUUUUACAAAACAUCUGUUGAUAAAACCAUCACGUCACCCCAAUGAUGUCACUGUUGUAUAAUGAUGUUGUUUAUAUUAAGAUGAUUGGAUGGCUGAUAUUUGUAGGUGAUGCUAUAAUAGAAACAAACAGCUUGGAUGUCUUUUGGCUAUAAGGACUCAGGAUUAUGGGGGGUUUUCUUGUGAUUGUGAGGUUUCUACAUCAAGGCAAUGGACAUUAGUAGGGAUGCAGCGAUACAAAAUAUCUGUGCUGAUACUGAUAUUCCUUUACUAAGACAUCUACUGAUAUCAAUAGUUUUGCUUUUAACUCCUUGUUUCAAAUUAUUAUGUCAUAAAAACCCCAAAAUAAUCACACCACAUGAGUUUUUUUCAGCCUUUUUGAUCAUCAGCUGUCUUUAAACAAUCGGCCGAUGUCCAAUAGUGGGAAAAUAAUGCUUUUAUCCGCAAUUAUCGAUUAUAGGCCGAUAUAUCGAUGCAUCCCUACACACACACAAGUGCGAUUCAUAUGAAAAGUUUUUGUAGUGAUGCAGAUAUUUAACUCAGGCUGUUUAGAUGUGUCUGUUUGUAUCAGUUUUUGUUUUAACUCAGCCUUUAGCUUUUUACUGACCAUGUAAAGUUAAAUGUCAGUCUUGCUGUUCAUUUAAUGGAAUGCAAUUUCAACUGCAAGUGGAUUAUGAAUAUUUUAUGGUUAUGUAUGAUGUGGGAAAAAUAAUAUAUUUAUUAUAAAAAAUAUCUAUUAAAUACAACAUAUAAAAACAUAUGUAUGUACAUCAAAAAAUGUUGUGCAUUUUAUGUGAAAUGGUGAAUUUUAAAGUCUGUAUUGUGCACAUUUGUAAAUACACUUGAUUAUAAUUAUUUUCACUUUUAAACUGUACGGUGGUAGUGCAUUUGUGUGAAAGGUAUGGUCUGCAUCUUAAAGGAAUACUUCUGUCAUCAUUUUCUCAUCCUUAUAUUGUUUUAAACCUGUAUGAUGAACACAAAAGAAGAUAUUUUGAGAAAUUAUGGUAAACACACAGCAGAUAGUGACCAUUGACUUCCAUAGUAGGAAAAACAAGUAUUAUGGAAGUAUUGUGAUAAAUGAUGAAGAAGAAAUUUUCAUAAAUAAUGGUGACCACUCAGUUGACAGUACCCAUUGAAUUCCAUCAUAUUUGUUUUUCCUACUGGAUAUUUAUCAAAAUAUCUUCUUUUGUGUUCAUCAGAAAAA